AUGGCGAGUCUCCAAGAUGCACCGGAAACAUACAUGCAAGCGUUCAUACAAUCCUACGCUAUGAUCAUCUUCUCCGAAAUCGGGGACAAGACCUUUCUCAUCGCCGCCAUCCUCGCCAUGCGACACCCCCGUUUCAUCGUUUUUGCGGGGGCCUUUGGCUCACUUGUCGUCAUGUCCAUUCUCUCUGCUGCGAUGGGCCACAUACUACCGACGCUGAUACCGAAGAAAUGGACGCAAAUCGCGGCAGCGUUCCUGUUUCUGGUGUUCGGGAGCAAGAUGGUGCUGGAGGGGCGGCAGAUGAAGGGAGGGAACGAGAAGAUCAAGGAGGAGAUGAGGGAGGCGGAAGAAGAGAUUGAGGGAGACGAUGCGGAGCGCGGGGACGGGAUCCCGUUAGAGGCGAUUGAAGAAGGCGGAAGGGACGGCGCGGCGACAAGGACGAAGAAACCCAAGGCAUCGGUCGCGGAGGGUGCGAGGAACUUUUGCAGUUUGUUCCUCGGCCCCGUCUUCGUGCAAGCCUUCAUAUUGACCUUCCUCGGCGAAUGGGGCGACCGUAGUCAGAUCGCCACCAUAGCACUUGGUGCUGCGCAUAACGUCUAUAUUGUGACGGCGGGUACCGUCCUUGGACACAUGUGCUGUACAGCGCUCGCCGUUAUCGGUGGCCGUUACGUCUCCACGAAGAUAUCUGUUAAACAUGUAACGCUGGGCGGGGCGGGCCUCUUCCUGCUCUUCGGCGUCAUAUACCUCUACGAAGCUAUCAUAAUGUCCGCCGACAUGGACAUGGGCAUAGAAGACCCCUCCACCGCCGGUGUUAUAUAG